CGGCAACAAACCGGAUGAACAACGUGCGUUUCGUCGGGAGUACAUUGCGGAGCUGUCGAAGGGAGUGCUUAUGGUUAUGUGCGAGCAGGAAUGGGUCACACAGCGAAUCUAUCGACGUUGCGAAGAUGGCUGCAUGGAAUGUUUCUCCUCUCAUCAACUCCGCAAAAACUGCUUGGUUGUGCGCGAGCUGACAAUUUGUAAUGGAAACAGCAAGAAGUCGCUGAUCGACAAACUGUUCAGUGUUCUCAGCAUUUGGAAUAUCCGUGCAACGUAUUUUGAUCUGAAAUUAAUGAUCCGAGAGAUUUCACCGGAAGGCUGCACGAGUAAACAUGCGCAACAGGGUGCGAUAGCAGCGGAUGCUUUGCUCGGCGAAAUCGGCAAAUGUUGCCGAGAUUUAUUCACACAGUCGCAUAAAUCUGACAAAAAGCUCCCGCCAGCUGCUGUUGGGAAGGCAUUCAGGUAAGA